AUGGCAGAUUCGCCGCAAGCGCCUUCGGCAGCGGACGGUACAGCUGCAACAAUCAGUCCCGCAAAGGAAGACCAUUUCUUGCAACUCGUUCUUCGACUCACUGUUGACCCAGCCACCGCUGCGUCUCCACACUGCCAGGUGUACUUUCUAAAACGUUACGCGGAGGAACUGACAAACGAGGGCAGGCCUUUGAAGCUAGCGCGUGCCGAUUUGGAGACAAUUCUGAUCAAACGCAUCCAGGACGCCUUCAAAGAAGGCACUCCGAACGUCUUCAGAUUCCUCGCUGACUGCUUCCAUAGGGCCAAUGACGAGGUGUACAGCAAAGGCCUGCCGGCGGCUGCGCGCCCCGCUCUCGUGCAAGAGCUGCAGCGACAGUUCGUGGAUUACGCGGUUCUUUUUCUCUCCUGUCCAGAGCUCUUCGAGCUUGACGACCCAAUACCCUACGCGAUGAUCGAGGAACAGCUAACGCAGUUUGUCGAGAUGGGAUGCCCUCUCUCCUUCUUCACGCGAAUGAUCGACACGCUGGUGCUGCAGGGAGCGGAAACCGGCGAGGACUUUCUCGGUCGUUGGUUCACGCCAGUGAUCAAGUCCCUGUGUGACAAACUGGAUCUUCACAGCAUGACCGAAUAUAAGUCCGCUCCUUUCAACGCGUUCAAGUUCCUCUCGGGCCAAAAGGCUCUCGCGCGUUUGAUGUCCGAGCCGGCGCUGUUGCUGCCUACGUUUCCUCGGCGAUUCCCCGUGACGAAGCCUGGCCUGUUUUACCAAGAACAUUCUCUCCUCGGACGACUCCUCGCGCAGACGCUGCUUGACGGCCCGACCCUGAAGAACGGGCGCCAAGAAAGUUUGUCCAUGAAGUACUUUGCCGGCAACCAAGCGUUGACAGCUCAGUACUUGCAGGCGACGGUACAGACGCUUCGCCACGAUCAACAGAGCCACCAAGAGGUCUUCCUUCAGAUCGUGAAGAACCUGUGCCGAGCAGGCGCCGACUGUCGCCACCGGGUCGUCCGGUGGUACGGCCAGAUUCUCAGCUCCAACGAGCUCCGCGCCAAGAUGAGUCACAUGCUUAGAAUGACGCAGCAGCAGGCAGCAGAGUCCCUCGAUCCCAUGCACUCGAUGCUCCUCAAGGUUCAAGGGCAAACCAGUUAUGGGUUCACGCUGAACGCCUUCUGGUCACUUCUCGGUCUCACAGAGCCGAUCAAGAUGGAUAAACUGGCGGAUCUUUGUUACUUUUUCGGCUUGAGGGCGGGAGACCCUGUGGCGCGCGAGGCGCUCGGCGACUUGCUGAAGGACGCCAAGUUGGGCAACGCGGCGUCGGUCUCGAGGGCAGAAACGUUCGGCGGCGCGCACGGCGUGCUCAAGGCGGAGACAAAGUUCCCAACAGAGGUCUUCUGGCUGACGCUCAAGGCCAUUCGAGUCCUCUUCAAUCCGUGCAUGGCGGAGUUCACGCGCAUUCUUCAAAAGUUCCAGGCCGUUCACGACCAAGGCACUUCGCCGACGUCCCCAGAAUACCGCUUUUUGGUUGCCGAAAUCUUGUCUUGGCGCACAGUCGUCCUACACCCGAAAUUCUGUGCGCUGUAUUGGCACGUCGUGCAUCUCGGUCUCUCUUGGCUCUUGCGAGCUGUCUACUGUUUCAACCUCGACGGAUCCGCCCGGCCGGAAGAGGAGACUCUCUUGGCGAAGCAGCAAAACCGCGUUGCGGCGCUCGUCAUGCAGUCGUGUCCGCCGCCGCUCCAGGUCGAGAGGCAACGCGCAGCGCGGACCGCCUCCACUGGUAGCCAAUCGCCUUCCUGCCACGCCGCCGGCAACGCGUCUGAGGAAAUCACCACCCCUCCUCAGUUCGCAGCGUUGCCCAGUGCACUCGUGGAGGAUCUCUUCACCAGCAUUCGGCGCAUGUUGGAGCUCCAGUCUGUCUACCUCUCCGUGCGAAGCACGCAAGGCUUCGAACAACCGCCGGUUGCGGCGAUGGAUGCCGAGCUAGUCGCCGCCGCAUGCAUUGCAGUAAUGACUGCCUCGGACUUCUUCCGGAAUGUCCACCUUCGGUGUGACGGCGCGUGCAAGACGCUCUACUUCAUGUUCCUCACCGACGGCGUCCGCGGUCGUCUCGAGAGCAUCCCCGUCGUCCAGGAACACCUUGUCCGGGCGCUCACGGAGGUUUUCAUUGCUUCGGAGCGAGGCUCCUACUACGACCGCAUUAACUUCCGCAUUCCCAUUGUCGAUCUGUUCCAGAAGCUGCUUGUCCUCGACGACUACAAGGCGGCGCUGCAUCGCCUCGGCUCCUCCAGUCCCGAGGUGCCGGAAUCUUCGGAGAGGGCCCGGGACAAAUUCAUCCACAUGAUUCACCUGCUCCUCAACGACGUCUCGACCCUCGUCGACCAGGCGAUGUCUGCCUUGACGGAGAUCCGAAAACGGCAGCUUGAGGGCCGAGACCAUGAUGAUCCGCCGCCUCAAGCGAGCGCGGCAACGGCGGAGAGCGCGGUAGCCGAGGCGGCGGCAGGGUCGAGUGCGAUCGGAGCGUCUUCCUCUGGGACGGAAGAAGAAGAAGACGAAGAGGAAGAAGACGCCGGCGCUUCCUUGGAAGGAAAUGCACAACUGCGACGGGAAACGUGGUCUCGCCUGGAGGCGACGACACGCGAUCUUUGCAGUCUUGGCUUCAACGCAUGCAGUCUGUUGAGUCUGUACGCCAAAGAAUGUGGCGCGUACAUCAUUCGCAGUUCAAGCAUUCUGCCUCAGGCUGUCACGACGUUGGACUGCUGCUUGGAUCACCUCGUGGGGCCGCAGUGUCUCCAACUCAAAGUCAACAACAUGGAGAGUUACAACUUCCAACCCAAGAACUGGCUUAUGAAGGUGCUCGAGAGCUACGUCUAUCUGUUGCAAGCUGACCCGGAGGGUGGUGACCAGCUGGUGGCGGAGAUUUUGAAAGAUGGGCGUUAUUUCCAGAAGGAAACCGUGAACAAGGCCUACCGGAUCGCCAAACGCGAGGGUCUGAUGAGCGUAAAGCUGCUUGAGAAAUUCCAAGAGCUCGUCAAGCGCCUCUCAGAAGGCAAGGAAGAAGACUUCGAGAUCGACUUCGAUGCCUUCCCGGCCGAAUAUCUAGACCCGAUCAUGGCGGAUGUCAUGACCGACCCCGUCAAACUCCCGACCAGCAACAACAUCAUGGACAGAAAGCACAUUGAAAGGCAUCUCAUGUCGGAUCCGUCGGAUCCUUUCAACAGAAUGCCUUUGACGAAGGAGGAGCUUAUUCCGUUGCCAUAUCUUCGUCAAGAAAUCAUGGACUUCAUCGCCACACAGCAGAAAGCCAAAGCGACGUAG